AUGCGAUCGAUGCUCGACACCGCAAGUGGAGAGUUCCUGCAAUGGACAAAGGAAGAAGCCAAGAAGACGGGCCAAAUCAAGGAGGGAGAUGCGAAGAAAUAUCGUCGAUGGGUUGAUUUUGAUAAUCUCAUCGAGCCCACGAAGCAGAACCACGUCGUCGCGGCCCAGGCGUUCUAUCAUGUUCUCGCUCUGGCGACCAAGGACGCCAUUACAGUCGAGCAGCAUGUUGCGGAUCUGCAGCCCUUCGGGCCUAUUCGAAUUGGAGUUGACAUGACGGCGCACAUCAACAGCGAGGAUUGA